AUGGCAGCGUUUCGGUAUUUCAUUUCCGGCGCUGGUCUGUUCUCUGAUGCUGGUUUUGGGCUGUCCGAAGUUUUUACGUCGAUGAUGGGCGCCGUUGGUGGUGUGGUGUUAUCGGCGGAGUUGGGUUUUGAAAUGGAGAAUGGUUCAAACAGUGCUAAGAAUCCUUUAUUAAAUCAGAGUGAAGAAGUUGAGGAACCGAAGAGGGCUUAUAAAACUCAAGUUUGUGGCGAUGAUGGGGAAUUAAGAUAUUUUGGGAUUGAAUGUUCUCGAUCGAGAAAGAGAAUCAAAAAAUCAGAAGUAAACCCUCUAAAGCCAUCUUUGUCUACAAAAAUUGAUUGCAAACCAAGGGUACGGAGAAGAUUAGAAAUUAAUGAUCAAGCAGGGAUUGGGGUGUCUAGAAAUUAUCACUCAAUGGUUGUUGAAGCUGGGGGUUAUGAGUCAUUAACAUUUGAUGAGCGAGAUGCACGAAAUUACAUUGACAGAGCUAGAAAAUUAAGGCUUGGAGAAGGAGAUUCCGAUGCACUUCAAAAAUAUUUUUUGAGGAUGCAUGCACAAAAUUCGAGUUUCUAUUAUAUGAUUGAUGUUGAUACUGACUUUCGCAUAAGAAACUUGUUUUGGGCGGACGCAAUGAGUCGGGCGGCUUACAAAGAAUUUGGAGAUGUUGUUUCAUUUGACACAACUUACCUCACUAAUAAAUAUGAUAUGCCAUUUGCUCCGUUUGUAGGAGUUAACCACCAUGGACAGUCGAUUUUGCUUGGUUGUGGGCUGUUAUCUAGUGAAGACACUGAUACAUUUGUUUGGCUGUUCAAAUCAUGGUUAAAUUGCAUGUCAGAUCAUCCCCCAAAAGCUAUAAUAACUGAUCAGUGCAAAGCUAUGCAAAAUGCGAUAGAAAUUGUCUUCCCCAAUACUCGACAUCGAUGGUGUUUAUGGCAUAUCAUGAAGAAAAUUCCGGAGAAAUUGAAAGGGUAUUCCCAAUAUGAAUCCAUGAAGAUGGAUUUGCAAAAUGCAGUGUAUGACACAUUCACAAAAGAUGAAUUCGAGAUGAAAUGGAAAGACAUGAUUGCAAAAUUCAAUCUUUAUGAGAAUCGAUGGUUGGGGGUGUUAUAUGAUGAGCGACAGCGAUGGGUUCCUGUAGAGAAAGAGAAGAAAGCUGACUUCAAGUCUCGGCACAAAGUCUUUGAUUGCCUAACUGUGUAUGGCUUUGAGAAGCAAUUUCAGGAUGCGUACACCAAUGCAAAAUUCAAAGAAGUUCAAGCAGAGAUGAAGAGACUAGUUUAUUGUCAGCCGUUUAUGGUCAAAGAAGAGGGUUCAAUUUGUACAUAUUUUGUAAAGGAAGCUAUGGUACUUUUUGGGAAGAUGAAGCAUGUGGACUUUGUUGUCUAUUAUAAUUCGACCGAAUUUGAUGUGCAAUGUAUGUGCCGGUUGUUUGAAUUUAGGGGCAUCAUGUGUGCUCACUCACUCGUUGUGCUCAUUGCAAGAUGCAUAAAUGAGGUCCCAAAUAAAUACAUUCUACCACGAUGGCGAAAAGAUUUGGAUAGAGGGUACACAUGCAUAAAAACCACAUACACUGGCUUUGGGGAUAAUUUCAAUGCAAAGGUGUAUGAGAAGAUGAAUAGAAAAUUGGUUGGCAUUGUACAAUUUGCUGGGAACUGUGAAGGGAAAAUAAAACUUAUCGACCGUGGGUUGGAUGAAAUCAAGGCAAAAGUGAUGAAAGAUGAUGAAGGUGGUGGGAGUAAUGUAGCACCUUCGACUAGUAAUGUACCACCUAUUACUAGUAAUGUACCAUCUUCCCCAAUUGGCAGCAUUAAUAGACACACAAUCAGUCAUACCAAGUUGCUUAGUCCUUUGGUUGCUCGGCGAAAAGGUCGUCCAGUUACUAAAAGAAAGGUUGCCAAAGUAGAUCAAAUAGUGAAUCGGUUGAAGGCAAGCAAAAGAAAACACAACAAAUCAAAGGUGCUUGGAGGUGAAGGUGAAGGUCAAUGUCAAUCUCAACCUGAAUGUAGUGUACGUAGAGAGCUUUAUCCUUAUGUGGUUGGCAUGGAAAAUAGUAUGUGUGUGCCGGGACACAUGGUCAAUGCUAUUGGAGGCACAUCUCUCACCCCGACAAGUGUGGACAUUAUGAGAAGACAAAGUUUCAUAAAUCCCCCAACUCAGAUUUAUGGAGUUGGCACAUCGCUUACCCCGUCGGACUGUAUUGGAGGCACACCGGGAUUUACGAGAACUCAACAAUCCAUGACUGCUACGCAUCACAUUUAUGGAGCCGUACCAUCUUCAUUUGUUGACUUCAAUGUACAAAUGAACCACAAUGACCGUGGCGGUAGUUUUCGUUAG